AGGAAGUGUUCAGCCAUUUUAGACCGGAGCUCGCGCACGAACGAAAACACUGACCUGAGUGUCAGUCUGUUUUUUCCUUUUCCUUAUGUUUCGUUUAAUGUAGCUAACAUAAAAAAUAAAUAUACGGGGCAGUAAAGAGGAGACAAAACGAGGCGACUCAAAGUCUCCUUAAAAAAAAAAAGAACGAAAGACUGCUGAAGAUGGCCGACAGGCGAGACGACAAAGAUGGAGAGCUUAACGUUCUGGAAGAUAUUUUAACUGAUGCUCCAGAUCAAGAUGAUGAGCUUUACAACCCUGAAAGUGAACAUGACCUGAACGAAAAGAAAGGUUCAAAGCGAAAGAACGAGCGUGGAGACAGCCACGACACAAAGCGCCUACGAUCUUCUGGCCACUCCACAAGGCAGCCGGUUAAAAGGUCCCUAUCUUCCGGCAGAGCCAUUGGGAAAAAGAUGACCAGUCUGAGGGGCAGACAUCACCCUGAUGACUUUUAUGAAGACAGGAAAAACCACUCUGGCAGAGGCAGAGCGCCCAGGGCUGAUCUCUCCAAAGGGCACAGCAGAGAACACCAGAGGAGGAUCAAACCACUGAUGCCGGAGCUGAAUGAGAAGCUGAGGAGGACAAGUGAAGAGAGCGCAGGCCGUGUCAGUCGCUCCUCCAAAGAAGAUGAAGAAGAAGAAGUACGGUCGGAGGAGUACGCUUCCGAGCAGGAUACGGGAAGUUCCGCGGGCUCCUCUGAAGGCAACCGUUCUGACGCUGAGGAAGAGGAGGUGAUGGAGGAUGAGGACGAGGAAGGAGAGACGGGCCCGGAUGAUGAUGAGGAAGAGGAUGAGGAAGAGGAAGUUGAGGGGGAAGAAGGAGAAGAGGAAGACGAAGACUAUGAGUUGGAGGACGGCGACCAGCAGGAUGGAAACGAGCAGAACGAUUACGACACACGCAGCGAAGCCAGCGACUCUCAGUCAGAAUCCGUGUCCUUCUCUGAUGGCAAGUCGGUGUACUCUGGCUCAGGCUCCGAAGCCUCAGAUAAGGAAAGAAAAGAGAAGAAGCACGCUAGAGGGAUAUCACCAAUCGUUUUUGAUAGAAGUGGAAGCUCAGCUUCAGAAUCAUGCACAGGCUCGGAAAAGAAGCACGAAAAGCUGCCAUCGUCCGUCCGUGCAGUAAGUAAAGAUCAAACCAGCAAGCUGAAGUAUGUCCUCAGAGAAGCUAGAUACUUCCUGAUUAAGAGCAACAACCAUGAAAAUGUUUCUCUUGCUAAAGCAAAGGGGGUGUGGUCGACCCUGCCCGUGAACGAGAGGAAGUUGAACGCGGCAUUUCGCGCGGCUAGAAGUGUCAUACUUAUAUUUUCCGUCCGGGAGAGUGGGAAAUUUCAAGGUUUUGCUCGACUCUCGUCUGAAUCUCAUCACGGAGGUUCUCCUAUCCACUGGGUUCUGCCUGCGGGCAUGAACGCCAAGAUGCUUGGAGGAGUUUUUAAAAUCGACUGGAUUUGCAGGCGGGAGUUACCUUUUACAAAGUCAGCACACCUUACCAACUCCUGGAAUGAACACAAGCCUGUAAAGAUCGGACGUGAUGGACAGGAGAUCGAGACCAACUGUGGCCUGCAGCUGUGCAUGCUCUUCCCUCCAGACGAGAGCAUUGACUUGUAUCAGGUUAUUCAUAAAAUGCGCCACAAGAGGAGGACGCACUCGGAGCCUCGUUCCCGGGGCCGCCCCCCACACAGGGAGCCCGCCCCCCGAGACCUGGGAAGGCGUCGUCCAGAGGAAUAUGACAUGCACAACAGGAAGCGACCCAGGAUUGACUAUCCUCCCGAGUUCCAGCAGAGACCAGGUUUUAUGCAGGACCCACGCAAUCAACCUGUGGACAGGCGCUUCUCAGGUGUAAGGAGAGAUGUGUUCCUCAAUGGCUCUUACAAUGAUUACAUGAGAGAGUUCCAUCACAGCAUUGGACCUCCACCUCCAUGGCAAGGGAUGGCACCAUAUCCGGGUAUGGAUCAGCCUCCUCAUCAUCCCUAUUACCAACACCAUCCUCCCCCGCCCCAGACUCACCCACAGUACUCAGGUCAUCAUCCCAUGCCCCAUGAUGCCCGCUUUAGGGAGAAAAGGGUUGUUCGUUCCUUUUCCUCCAGUGUGCACGACUAUGACAUGCGCGUGGACGACUUCCUGAGGCGCACCCAGGCAGUGGUGAGCGGUCGCCGAAGCCGGCCCAGAGAACGCGAGCGUCAGAGAGAACGCGAACGACCACGAGAUGCACGGAGAGAGCGUGAGAGAGAGCGAGGCCGCGAGCGUGAUCGUGACAGAGACCGUAUCAGAGACCGUGACCGAGAGAAAGAACGAGGUCGCUAUCGCAGAUAAAACAAGGCAAUCGCUACAGCUUUUUUUUUUUUUUUGCCUUAGUUACUUAUAAAGGAUUCUCUAUUGAAAAUCCCUUUUACUUUCUGUCCAGACAAUACAACCCUUUAAGGUUUUGUUUUUCCCUUUGUAGAUAUUUUUUGCCCAUGUAUAACUCUAAUCUGUAUUUCAAGAAAGCUUUUGUUUCAAAGUAUUAUUUUUUAAUAUGUACAUUGUUUUACACGAGAUUGUUAGUAUCGUGCAUGCAGUGUUUUCUACUGUGACAACCAAACCCCCAUGUUUUUUUUUUUGUUUUUUUUUUUUUUUACGCACAGUUUGCCACACUGGCAGUUUCCUCCAGUCCCCUUACAUACCAUGUGUGUUUCUGUGUUUAAGUUUAGGACAAUUGUACAUCAUUCUCUCCUAAUCUGCUCUGUAACUGUCUCAGUGGAGGGGCUACGAUACUGCACACUUGUGUCUGUGAUAUCUGUAAUUGUACAUAGCUUCUGAAUGGACUGUUAAGCAGUGGAACAGACUGCAGCAAGGUCUUUUAUCUUAACAUACGGCUUUCUGUUCCAAAUGUUAUUGUUAUGAGUUUGUGGGUGAAAAAAAGCAAUACCACCUUAUUUUCUGUUUAAUCACUUAUGUAUACUGUAAAUUCCCUGAAAUGAAGGUCAGUAAAGCAACAUGCUAACUGUUUUUGUCAGAAAAGUUGUACCUUUUACUGAUAUCUUUUAUAUGAUUAAAAAGAAACACUGUGUUGUA